AUGGAGGUCAAAGGACAUCGGAUCACAUCGAUGGGUUUAGGGGCUCCUGAUGUUCAAGGCAGCCAGGACAACAAGCUGCAGGCUGAGAGGAUCUCAGCUCUGCAAGAGAGAAAACAGGCUCUGGAGGCUCUGCUCAACUCCAGAGUGGGAGAGCUCAAGCAUGUCUGUCUGCAGGAAGCAGAGCUGACUGGAAAGUUGCCAUGUACUUUCCCCCUGGAGACUGGAGAGAAACCCCCGCUGGUGCAGCGCAGAGCUGGCCCGGGGCCCAACACCAAGGCAGAGGAUGAGGCGGCCCAAAGAAAGCAGAUGAAAGCCAUCUUCACUGGUGCUCUGUACAGACACUCGGAAUCAGACAGAAAUGUCCCAAAUAGCAAGAGGACAGUUCAUCGAGGGUGUCACACAGAGGACACAGUGAUGUCAGAGAGUACAAGCUCCAUGUCAGAUUCAACAUCCCAUGACAAUGAGUCUUCUCCCAGCGUGGCCACUGACCAGCGCUCUCUGUCUCAGCCCCGGCUCACUGUGGGCAGCCCUGACCACCGCAUCAGCAGGAAACUGUCUCCAGUCGAGAUUUACUAUGAGAUGAGGACACGUCGCAACUCUGUCACAAGCUCUGUCAGCCCAACUCACUCUUUACCGAGAAGUGCAUCUAACGUUGAAGGGAGAAGUGUUCCAGCGACUCCUCUUUUGGGGCGAACUGCUCCAAUCAGUGUUCAUGUCAGGUCGGAUGCGUCAGGGGGUAAUGGUUUGAAGCAGUGGUCUGGCAGCCUGGAUGUGCCAUACAUGAUUCCUCUGGCACAGGAAGGCUCUUCUUCUGACCGCCGAAGCUGCCCGUACAGCUCCCGGGCCAGGCGCAGUAACAGCUCCGAGGCCCUGUUGGACAGGUCCAGCCUCCCUGAUGACCCAGCACCCAGAAACGGCAUGCCCCCCAGAGGAGGGCCUUACAAGAGCUCAGAGACACUGACUGAUGGCAAGCUGCGACAGAUUCACUUAGGCAGCCCUGAGAGACAUGUGGACGGCUCUGUGGAUCAGGCCAAAAUGCGUCUCUCCAUGGGCGGCAGAGGGGCAGGGGGAGGCUACAAUGAGCUACUCAUGGACUAUAUCUGGGGGAAACAGCAACAGUUGCAAGUGCAGCACCAGUUGUACCAGUCCACAGGCAGGAUCUGGCAGGACAUACCCUCUCCUCGUUCCUCCACAGCAGUGGUUCCUCCCCAUGCCAAUGGUUUUUCUCAUUCCCAGGUGCAUCUCCCCAGCGCUGCACCUCCUUACAGCCCCAUGGUCCUCAGAGGGUCACAAGCCGAGCUGCGCAGGGUCAAAGUCACCAGAACAAAAUCCUGUGGACCUUUUAUUCCUUUGCAGCAACAUUCCCAGGAUGGAAUACUAUUGUCAGCCUAUGAGUCUCCCCUUCCUGCCUCAGGCACCACCACAUCCUCCAUCCCCAACCUGCACCCUUACCAGACUGAGCUGUCUGGCCCCUCCUUCAGUCGCAGGGCCCCACAGUUCUCUCUCCCGACACCAGAAGACUCAAAUAGAAGCCUGCAUAAAGCCCUGGCUCUGGAAGGCCUGAGGGACUGGUACCUGAGGAACGCUCUUGGUUAUCCCCCAGCUGCCUCAAAGGGUCACGAGACGGGUAUCUCUCGCCUCUCACACCCCCACCCGCUGGUGCACCAGGCUCAGUCGGUUCAAGGUGAAGCAGCCAACCUCAACAGGCCUCAGAUGCCCCAGUCAGCCAGCUUCCACGGUAUCCCAAUGCACGGAAGGUCGAUGGAGUUUUCUCUCUAUCAGGAGACUCCUCAACAACAGAUGCAAGAGGCGACCCCAAAGGAACCCAGUGCAGACCCAGGCACCCUAGUCUGA